AUGUCAUUAUCAAACCUCACGACUGUCGCUCCUGCCUGGGUCAAAGAUCCCGAUGGCAGAGGUACCUGGGGGCUGGUUCAGUCAUGUCUAGUGACGCUGAUCCUUUGUGUCUACACCGCAAUUCAUCUCAACAUUCGGCCAAACCAGACGGAGAAACAGUCAUGGAUACGACGUAUCAGAGCAACACUGAUCGCAGCUGUCGCGCCAGAGUAUGUCUUCAUCUGUGCCCUUGCGCAGUGGAAAGCUGCCAAAAGCCUGCAGACGAGGCUCAAUACGAUCAAACAAGCUAUAGACCAUGAGGCAAUCAAAGCUAACAGUCUUAAGAAAUAUCAUUGCGAAGCAUGUGGCGCCGCAAAUGAUGACGAAGUCCCGCCAGAGGCCCAGCCGGGUGAGGCUGAUCAACAACGACCAUCGACUUCUUAUAUUCAUGACUCUGGUGGGCCUGCGAAACUAGGAUCCCAUGAUUUAGAAUUGGGCAGGCGUAAGGAUAAUUCAGAACCUUCGCCCAAGCCCAAUCUCGCCUCUUCAGACCACACAAAACCACCCACCUCCAAGUGGAAAUUUUGGGCCUCAAGGCGGAGACACCACAAUGAUACAACCAAUCAUUGGACCCUACGCCAGGCAUUUUUCAUUGUCGCCGGUGGAUACGUAGUAGAUAGCAGAUCCUUCUGGGUAGAACCAUAUCUGACCAUCACGCCUGCUGGAGCCGUCGAGCUCGCAAGCUUGGGUAUCCUACCGACCAUUCCAGUCAGCGUCCUGGAUGACAAGACAAAAGCGGAUCCAAUGACGAAAAUUCUGGUUUGUGUACAGGCCGGCUGGUUCAUCAUUCAGUGCAUUACGAGACUUGCACAAGACCUGCCCAUCAGCUUAUUGGAGAUCCACACUCUGGCACACGUACUCGUGGCAUUUUGUAUGUAUCUACUUUGGUUCUCGAAACCUUAUAACGCUCUAUCACCAAGGAUUUGCAAGGAAACAAAGGUCGUGGAGACAAUCGCACUUAUGUGUCUUUCCACAGAAACGCGAUUUUCUCCACAAGGAGAAAAUCGUUGUGCACUCAGGCAUCAUAUUUCUCGCAAGCUUGUACGUUUAAGUCAGGACAAGGCAGCCAAAAGCUACUACAGAAGGAGAGGUUCAACUCGUAAGGCUCAGGAAGCCGUCGCACUAGGGGAGACAUCUAGGAAUACUGCUCUCUCAGGACGGGAGCGAGUUACUUUGGCUCAAAUUUGGGGCACGGAGGGCGAAGGAAGUCGACAACCGCCUCACCGCAGCAUGAGUGAAGGCGACUUGAGGACUCGAAGAAAACAGCCAAACCGCUGUCUAUCGCAUUCUGCAGCGAAAACGUUCGGUCGUGAGCUGUCACCUUCGAGACUUGAAAGGGUUGAGAUGCAUUACGCCCUUGUUUCGAAUGCCUUGGAUCGAUAUAAGGCGAAGAAGCAGCAUUUAAUGUGGGAAGGUUCCUCGAACUUUUAUGGAGACUCUAUUAAAGGCGUCUACUUCCGAAACAACUAUGUUUUACAAGAGCUUAGCGACUUCAGUAGAUAUAAAGGCUUCAAUCUCGACAAAGAAUACGGUCCAAACCCGGAAAGUACACAAUUGCACUUGACGCCCACACAUCAAGUCUCGUGGCAUACCAUUCUGGUAUUCAUCUUCUACUCCGCAUUUCAUCUCACUGCAUGGAACGCCGAGUUUCCAACCACAGUCGAGCGUUGGCUUUGGAGAGGCUCAGCGCUGGUCUUGCUGGCAAUACCAGUCGUCACAUCGUUCAUGAUACCCUUAUUGAUCAUCCUUAUUUUGAUUCAGGGUCCUUUAGAAAAAUUUGCUUUGAAAUAUUAUAAAAAAUCCUGGAGUGAUGAUGGGGUCGCAGUAAUUACCAGUCUAAUUCCGUAUACGAUCUACCUUGCAGUCGCCGUAGCGGGUCGAGCGUACUUCCUGGUAGAGUCAUUCGUCAGCUUGCGGAAACCCGUGCCUGGACUGUAUGAUACAGUCGAGUGGACCAAUUUCUUGCCUCAUGGGUAA